AAGAAUAUGAGGCAGCUGCUAAGUGGUAACCAGAAGAGCCAAAUGUUAAACUAUUGUUACAGUAAUUUGAAUAGGGUUCCCAAAUGCAGAAGAAAGAAAGAGAGAAAGCGGCCUUCAUUUCACUGUCACUGAAUACUCUGUUUUUGAUGCAGCAACGCCUGACUAACUUUUUCGCCUUCCUUUCCUUUUUCCUUCCUUCACCAAGAUUCAUGCCACUCACUGUUAAAGACCGGACCGGACCAGACCAGCAGAAGACCUACAGUCUCCCGCUCUUGGAACCACUCUUCAUUCUUCUCCUUCUCCAUCUCUCCCACUACAUUUGCUUGAGCCCUGUUCCGCCUAUCUUUCUGCAUUCCUCUAUUUCUACGCUCUUCAGUCCCAGCUCCAGCUGCUGUUAGUGGAAAGAAUAAGAAAUGGAGGAGGGGAAUAAUAAGCAAGCAGGAAGCAAGCACAUUGUGAAACCCUUGUUUCCAUUUGAAGAACCAGACCCACUGUGCAGUCUCAAUCUCAAAGAGACCUCCGAUUUUGUAAAGUCGUUUCCUUUCUCGGCCGGAAGGAAAUCCUCCGCCGGCGUUGAACCCCCACGGAGGAGCUUCCCUUCCAAAUGGGACGACGCCCAGAAAUGGCUUGUCGCUUCUCCUGCUCAUCCCCUUCACCGCCCUCUUCCUCCUCCUUCCCCCAAAAAUUUGUGUUGCCAUGAUAAAAUCAUCGCCUGCUGCUCUCCGGCUAAUGCGAACCUGCCCCAUUUGCCCACUGCUUUCGCUGGCCUCUCUGUUUCUCCCAAUUCGCUUCUCAAAGAUAAGUUCACAGACGAGGUGGUGGAGACAGUCACCCCAAAAUUCAAGAACUCGGAGCCAUCAUCUAACAAGCAAGGAUUCCUGUUCAGGAACUCCAUAGGUAUCAGUACAGAUAAAAUCAUGAACGAUGGGAAGACCAGUGGUGAACUAGUUGUGGUGGAACACAGAGAUGUAGGAACCGAGAUGACACCAAUGGGGAGUUCAACCACUUCCAGAUGCCAUACCCCUUUCAAAUCCUCCUCGCCCGCCCGCCACAACACUCCUGCCAAUAGGUCAGGCCCAUUGGCCCCCAUUUCCAACUCCGCGAGUAGCAAUAACAGCAGUAGCAACAGCACCACGAUAUUCGAGCUGCAGGACUGUCACUUGGCAAAGCUGCAGUUCGAUCCAGUCGGGUCUAUCUGGAGCACAAGGGAGGAAGAGGAGGAAGAGGUUUCCAAGAGCUUGAGACACUUCGAAACUGGAAGGAGCAGCAGUGUCUCUGAUGGAAGGGCUGCAGCUGCUGCUGCAUUGGCUUGGGAGGAAGAGGAGAAGAACAAAUGGUGCCUCAGAUACGAGAGUGAAGAAGCAAGGAUUCAGGCGUGGGUGAACCUGCAGAGCGCAAAAGCUGAAGCUAAAUCAAGGCAGUUGGAGGUGAAGAUACAGAAGAUGAGAGCAAACAUGGAGGAGAAGUUGAUGAAGAGGAUGGCAGUUGUUCGCAGGCGAGCUGAGGACUGGAGAGCUGCGGCCCUGCAACAGCAUACCAACCACAUUAACUUCACCGCCGAGCAGGCGCGGCGGAUGAUCACCGCCGCCGCCUCCAGCACUCCACCUUCUCGUGCUGCCGUCGCUAGUAAUAACAGUGGCAAAUUUGUAUCUUCCUUUGCUGUUCCCACUUCAUCUUGUGGCUGUUUCCCCUGCAAUAAGCUUCCUUAAGUAAUUGCUUUGAUGUUCUAUUUUGUCACCCUUGUUGUUAUUAAGCUAACAUCCAAAGAAAUCAGAGAUGUGUGAAGCAUUAAUCACCUUGAAAAAACUGUCACAACACCACCAUUGGCUCAUGGACUCUGCCUUCAGCUGUAAAUAAUCAGCUAAUUGACUCAUGCAUGACUUGGUUUGGCAAUUUUGUUCGGUUUGUAUUAAGAGGUAAUGAAAUUGGAAUUAUAAUUUGGCUCACAGAUAGAGAUUUUCGUACCGGACAAAUUUAGAUGUUUUUCUGAUCUCUGAAUCCAUGGUUAUUAUGUAUACGACUAGACCGCCCUUUUAACGGUGUUGUUUCUGACAACAACAAAAAAUGUAGGUUUUGUUGUAGCAAAAAUAACGUUAAGUGACCGUUUCGGAAGUGGUUGAAAAUUCGAUGACCAUUUUUAAAUUUCCAUACAAAAGUGUAAGCCCAAACUAUGUGUAGGGGACAGCCCAUUAGUAUAGCAAUGUCAUACAUCUUAGUCAGGGCCAGGCCCGACCAAUAGUUCUUUUCCGGCCCAACACAGACCAACGAACCGAAACGUUUCUCAGAAACUUGUCUGUCUUGGAUGACAAGUCGAGACGAGAAGUAAAGGAAUUUACACAGAGAGCUGGAAGCUGCCUACAAAAGCCCUCACUCUCCGCCGGUGCCCGCAAAAUCCAGAGUCAGUCAAAAGAGCCACCGUCGGUCUUCUCCGUCUUCCCCCAUUUCCGGUCUGUAGAACAGAUCGAAUUCCCACCGUCGGCAAAACAUGUUCCUCACCAGGUAAAUUGCCGACAUCCAUUUCGCUGCUCACCUCCUUGUUCCCGAUUUCUUUAUCUAAUUCCGACUUUCCUGAUUUCGAUUUCUCAGGACCGAGUAUGACCGAGGAGUGAACACCUUCUCUCCCGAAGGCCGCCUCUUUCAGGUUGAAUACGCUAUCGAAGCCAUCAAGGUAAUUACUGCUUGACCUAACUCCCUUUUUCCCUCUCCCUCACUGAAUCUCAUACUGUAGCGAGACAUUUGUGUGUCUAUCUGGCUAAAGCUUGCUUCCUGCAUAUUUUCCUUAUCUGGGUCUUACUCGAUUAGUCCUGUAGACUUCCCGGCCAUUAUGUUCUACUGAGUGACGGAUCAAUACCUAAGUGAUGCUCAUGAGUCAUGAUCCAUAUGAGACAUUGCUUUAGCGAGCUACAGCUACUGUAUCCUGUUGUGGCGAACCCUCCAACCCAUUCGGCUCUUAUCGGACGUCUUAAAAGCUUGAACUUUCUGUUUUGCUGCAUUAAGUAAUUAUUUUAGCUUAUCGGUGGUUCAUCUUAAUUUCAUGCUGAAUUGUACUUCCAAUGAACUGUAUGCUUGGGAGGUCGAAGUGAAUCUGUCUGCAAAUUCAACAUGACUUGUGACUGCACCAUUUCCUCGCUUAAACAUCUUUUCCAGAAGGAUUGCAGAACAACCCAUAAUUUGUGUGAUCCUUUUUUUUAGCUCGGUUCUACUGCGAUUGGGCUGAAGACAAAGGAAGGGGUUGUGCUCGCAGUUGAGAAGCGUAUCACUUCACCACUCUUGGUUGGUUUUCUCUCUCUCUCUCUCUCUCUCUCUCUCUCUCUAUUUCUCUUAUGUAGCAGGUUUGUUCCUGUGCUUAAAGCUUGUUCUUGUGGUGAACGAUGAUUGUGUAAAAGGGAUUGCUCAAUGUGAUUGUUUCUUUCCUAUCUAACCUUGUACAAAAGAUGCCUGCUUAUUUAUGGUUACUUCUUUCGUUUGAAUUCACUGAAUGCUGUUCAGAAUGUUUCAACAAAGUUGUACUCCAUCUUAGGCUACCAUCCUAAUUCUAUUAUGAAAAGAAUUGAAAGCCUAAUAGAACUCCAAAAACCUAGGGAAGACGUGCCUUUCAUUUCUUGAUGUGUUUCUGUGUACCUUAGAAUAGCUCCUCUUUGUGUGCUGAGAAACAAAAUUAUAUAUUUUUCUCAUGGACUAUCUCAGGAGCCCAGCAGUGUGGAGAAAGUCAUGGAGAUCGAUGAGCAUAUUGGAUGUGCUAUGAGUGGAUUAAUUGCAGAUGCCCGUACUCUUGUUGAGCAUGCUCGUGUUGAAACUCAAGUAAUACUUAUCUUCCUACUAUGCUUCUGUCUUUGCAUGGGUCUGGAUCUCCUUCACUAACUGACAUGUAUCUUUCAGAAUCAUAGAUUUUCAUAUGGUGAGCCAAUGACUGUGGAGUCUACGACACAAGCCCUUUGUGAUCUGGCCCUGAGAUUUGGUGAAGGCGAUGAAGAGUCUAUGGUAAUACACUUGUCAUAAAUCUAAAUGUAAUUAUUAGUGAAAACUGUUAAUCUUCAGCUGAGUUCCCUUGUUGAGCAUACACCCAGAAUUAUUUGUGAUGACAGCCUCUUUUCUCAGAUGACAUUUCUUAUUCGUGUAUCCUAAUGUUGAUUGGUGAGUUUUCUAAUAGGAAUAUGACUGUCUGCAUCUCUGCCCUAGUCUUCUUGUCAGAUCUCUACAUAGGUGACCAGAAGCACUGAUGAAAUGAAAUGUUAUUCUGCUUGAUAAUUGAGUGCAAUUUUUGGUCCUCGAUUUGUUUACUUCUGUAACAAUUUUAUCCAACUUGCUAUUGAUCAGUUUUUGCUCCUCGUUGCAGUCUCGCCCCUUCGGAGUAUCUCUUCUCAUUGCUGGUCAUGAUGAAAAUGGUCCGAGCUUGUAAGUUCUCAUGUGUGCUUCAUCUUUCUGGAUUUUCAUGUCUUUUGGGCUUUGCCUUUACCAGCUAAUUUCUUGUGUAGGUACUACACAGAUCCAUCCGGCACAUUUUGGCAAUGCAAUGCAAAGGCUAUUGGGUCAGGUUCUGAAGGUGCAGAUAGCUCUCUACAGGAGCAAUAUAACAAGGUACUGUUGCUUCAUUUCAAUGCUUGCAGUCUUCUCCAACUUUUGUUCGCCAAGCUCACUGUUUCGUUUUCAUUUUUCCUUUCGGUUUCUAAGUCUUGUAAGAUUGGAUGGCAAAUAUCACAUUAGAUAGGCUGUUCAAGGUCUUGAUAUUUUUCAUAGUGACGCAUAGGUAGGUGUAAUGAAGAACGCUCUGUUGUACACGUUGCAUUUUGUUUGUCACAAAAUGUGAUACACAUCCAUGAUAUAAUGUGCAGGAACUCACUCUUCAGGAAGCUGAAACAAUAGCACUUUCCAUCCUAAAGCAAGUUAUGGAGGAAAAGGUAAUUUAUCUUCUUCUUUUGGGGACCCCAACAUUCCUAUGCUGGCUGUAUUGUUAUUGGUUGUUGAGUCUAAAUUUGGAAUAUGCUGAUAAUUUGUAGGUAACACCCAACAAUGUGGACAUUGCAAAAGUGGCUCCUACAUACCAUUUGUACACCCCUUCUGAGGUGGAGGCCGUCAUCAGUCGCCUAUGAUGAGACACUAUGACUACAUAGACGUUAUAUGUACCGCUAGUUUUCUUCUUCCCUCGAAUGUUUGUCGUUUCAGCUGUGGGCAUGUGGGUACGAACUAUGACAAUGACGUUCAUGAUAGCUUUUCAGCAAUUUUAGUUCAUGCCUACCAGACUAUCUGAUGUUUCUGUAGUUUGAAUAGGCUCGAUGGGAUUAAGGGUAAAUUGUGGUGCAUGGCCACGGAUGGGGGAAUGAUUGUCUUGGCAAGUUAUGAACAUUUGAGCCUUUUGGUCGAAGAAAUGGAUUGUGUUAUUUUGAAUCAUUGUCUAUUGAUGUGAGUGCAGUAUCCUGUCUUCCUUGUGUAUGAUCUGGCAUGGAACAAAUUUUACUUAACCUG